AUCCAAUCAGCUUCGUGCUUUGGAAAAUUUUUCUUUCUUCUUGUGCGACUAUUAAAAUUCUUUUUCAGUUUAAUAAAAAAUGACAGACGGAAGAGUUUGUAGUAAUUUGUCAUCCGAGGUAAUUGGUGUGAUUAUCGCGCGAAUCCAUCAACUUAUCAGUUUAUGCUUGGCGGCGGUGUUGAUUGGUGCUUGGUGCUUUCAAAUUGUAACUGAAACAAAACCAGUUCUUGCAGUCAUAAUAGCAUUUUUUGGAUGGUUCUUUGCCGCAACGAUCUUCAUUGAUGCAAUCAAGACGCGUAAGCCGAAUCAGACAAUUUACUUUAUAGCAACGUCUGCAAUUUUAUUUGUGCUCUGUUUUGCAUACCUCGUGUUGUUUAUAUUCAUCUUGGCUGACGAAAAAUCAACGGAUGGUAUUCCAUACUUUAUACCAUCGCCAAUUUUAGUGAUUUUUCAAUCUUUUACCUGCUACAUCAGCAUUAGAAUCUACAGGGAGCUGAAGAAAUGACGAUAAGAUGAUUUUUUAUUAUUUUAUUAAUGUUUUAUUGAUUAUGUGAGUGCCAUAAAAAGUUAUCAAUGAAUGAGCUAUUAAGUUAAACAUAGGAGAUGGGGUUCCAAACAUGGACAACGACAGGCGGCAGAUAUAAAAAUUAAUUAAUAAAUUGCGGAUGAAGAACAAUUG